AUGGCAGCCCAGUACGCAAAGAACCAGCCUAGCGGCUAUGACAACACCAUCUCCCGAGUCGCCAUUGUGGGUGCCGGUGGACAGGUUGGACAGCUAAUGGUCCAAGAACUUCUUAAAACGGGCAAGCACACCGUCACUGCCAUCUCGCGCAUAGGUAGCCAAACCGUGUUACCCAAGGGAGUAGAGGUUGCUGCAGUCGACUAUGAUAGUGAAGAAUCACUUGUCAAAGCUUUGACUGGACAACAAUUCCUCAUCAUCUCUCUUGCCCUCCAGGCGCCACCCGACACCCAGGCCAAGCUUGUCAACGCGGCAGGCAAAGCUGGAGUGUCCUGGAUUAUGCCCAACGGAUACGGUAAUGAUCCUACCAAUGAAUCCAUCAUUACCGACAGUCUUACCAAGAAGAGUCUUCAUGACGGUAUCAAGCUUGUGGAGGAUAAUGGAGUGUCGUCUUGGGUCAUGAUGGUCAGCCAAUUUUGGUAUGAAUACUCACUUACCGUGGGUGAGAUGGCCUGGGGCUUCGACUUUAACAAGAAGAAAGUUACCUUCUUUGACGAUGGAGAAACCAAGAUUAAUACAACCACAUGGCAGCAGUGUGGCAGGGCCGCGGCGGCACUGGUCAGCCUCAAAGUUCUGCCUGAGGACGAGAACGACAAGUCCAUGACCCUCUCCCACUGGCGCAAUAAGCCACUUUUCAUUGCGUCGUUCUUGAUUUCCCAGAGAGACAUGUUGAACAGCGUGGAGCGCGUCAUGGGCACCACUGAUGCAGACUGGGAGAUUAGCUACGAGCCGUCCAAGGCGCGCUGGGAGCGCGGACGCAAGGCCAUGAGCCCCAGUGACAGAACAGGCUUUGUAACCCAGCUCUAUGCGCGCGGACACUUUCCCAAUGGUGAUGCCAACCUAGAAAAGAUGCACGGUCUAGCCAGUGAUAUUUUGGGGCUUCCAAAGGAAGACUUGGAUGAAGCGACGAAGCGCGCCGUGGAUAUGUGGAAGUCGGGCUACAAUGCAUUUGGUAGAAAGUACUAGGUUUAGAUAAGGCGUGGUGAUGAUGC